CCGUGACGUAGUUGACAUCAGAUCAUAUUCGUUUUAAACAUGCUCUUGUGUGAUAUAUAAUAGGAUAUCAUUCCGUGUUUUCAUCACUUAUAACACAAUAAUCAAAUAACAAUACAAUUGUGAACUGCCUUGCAGAAUGUAUAUUAAUCUCUUAUUGAAAAUAAGCAGAGUCUAACGAAAUAUAUCUAACAUAGUAUUGUAAGUGGAGAAGAAAAAGUAGAGAAAUGAGUGGCAAUGUUGAGGAACUGAAAACCAAUAGCAGUGUUGACGAUGUUAGUGAAUUCACAAAUUUUACGAUGGAUAGAAAUAACACUUCUUUUUUCAGAGAUAAUGUAUUACAAAAUGCCAGCAAUCUAGGGCUGAAUGAAACAUUAAAUGGGACACUAGAUGGGAUGAUGCAACGAUCGUUUCAGAUGAAAUAUGGGUUCAUCUAUAUAUUAGUGUUUGGUUCUCUUGGAUUGUAUGUGAACACAAACUGGCUAUACUGUGUAUACAAAGUCAAGAGCAUACAUACCCGUGACAACAUAUUCCAUAUUAAUUUAACAAUAGCGAAUAUGGUUGCAAUGAUGAGGAUGAUGACCAUCUCAACAUUGGUCAGUUGUAAACAACAUCAAUUAUCUAUAUUACUUGGCAAGGUAGAAGUCGAUGUGACGAUUCUUACUCUGCUAUGCAUUAUCGGGAUGACUCGACUGAAAAGACUUUCAAAUCCCUAUAUGCGCAUACCCAAAAGGAUGCUUUGGUGUAUAUCAUUUCUCCCUUGGGCUUUAAGUGGAUGUAUUACUAUACUGGUAAUGUUCAUUCCUAAAAGUCCUCUGAGAAUACAAUGGCCUGCAGUUGGUAUAAACUCUCUUAUAAUGCUCAGUAUCUAUGGGAAGAUGAUAUAUGUAUUGUGUAAGAAGAAUACAUCAAUUAAUCCAGUAAGUAAUAUCUCACAAGGGGAGGUUAGUUUUAACAGCAACUAUGAGGUGUUCAUCACGCCACCUUUGAGCGAGGUAACAACAUGUAAUAGGGCAAAGAAAUACAUAGUAGAAAACAAAAGAAAUCGAGCUAAUGCAACGAGUGAUGCUAGUUUAAAAUUGAAAAAUGAGUAUAAAAGAAUCAUGGUCAAUAGUCUGAUACUGUUGGUGACAUUUCUUCUUAUUUUUUGCUCAUUUAGUAUCUUGGUGUGGAGUCGCCCAUUGUACAAAAAAUUUGUUUCCUAUACCGAGAUACCAGAAGAGGUUAACUGGAUCCAUGCCACUUUGUUACUUAUUGCUUACAAUAUAUACCCAUUCAUCAGCUUCUUGAAAGUUGAAAAACUUAAUAAAAAACUAAGAGAUUGUUACUGUGGCCAUACAUGCUGGGUAUUAGGUCUCAAUGACACUACAACCACUGUAGAAAUGUCUCAAAUACACAUUUAGGUUUGUGUUAUCCCAUAAUUUUGCGGGGUACUAUUCUAUGAUCCAACAAGAUACACAGAUGAAGACACAAUAGUGGUAAAUGUCACACUUGAAGAGCAAAAUGGUUGCCUCGUGCCAUCAUACCCAAAACAAAAUCAGAUCACAUCUCUCAUCUCCUUUUGCAUUUAUAAAAAUUAAGUUAUAUAGAUGAAUGGUUCUCUUGCUAUCUUAUUGCUGACAUGAUCUCUUGUGUUGCCUGCACAUGCCUGCUCCCCGUAACAACAGAGGACCUUUUGAACAUGUUAAACUCAACUAAGAUAUGUGUUUGAACUGUCUUUAGUAUGACAUUGACUAUAAGGUUUAUAGAUGCUGCAAGUCAUAAUAUGAACAUAAUAGUAUUUGAACACAAAUACUGAAAAAAAAUCUAGUCACCAGGGCAAAAUAUGUACAUGUAACUAGGAUUGUUUGAAUAUCCAUAUAUAGAUGUAUUGUACAAUUGUAUUGUAAUGAUUAUUACAUAUUGUGCAACAAACUGAUGAUCUUUCACUAUUACAAUUGCUGAAAAUGACCUUGACCUCUUGUUUCAAUCGAUUGGAUCUAUGUCAUUAGUUCAUGAAUUUACACUCGGAGGAAAUGAAAGUUGUCACUCUGUAUUUUCUGUGACUGAAAUUCUCUACAAAAUGUCCCUGCUCAUUCUAAAAUUUCCUGAUUUUGAGAGAAUAUGUAUGAGAAACAAUAAAGAUCAGUGAAGCAAAUUGGAAGGUGUUGUCAAAUUACUGCAGAAGUUGAUUUUGAACUGUGAAGUGCAGACAUGACUUCAAAAUCACCAAAAAGUCGAGUGACAUUCUUUAUUUCCUCCAAGCUUAGGUUAGCUUGGCAUUGAUAGGUAACAUUUACCAUAGUUCUUCCUUAUAUAAAGUGGAUUACAUAGAGAAAUGGCAAACUCAUACCGUUCUAGAAGGAACCCCACAAUUCAUUUUUUCAAUUCAUAUUUCUUAAGAAAAUUAUUAAGAAAUUUAUUAUUAAUUUUAGUUAAGAAAAUUAUUAAAAACUGAUGUAGAUGGAUAUGCUAAACAUUUAUCUAUUUAUCUUAGGCUUGAUUCUCGUUACAAUUCAAUUACUUCUGACAUUAUUGCACAUAUUAGUUUGUGUUAUGUGUUUUCAGUUUCCUAUUACAAAUUAGAGCAUUUAACAUGACGUUCAAUUCAAU